AAGAGAUGGUUCUAGAAGGUUCUGGUAAAUAUGCUACGAGUCUUUUGUACAAUGUUUUUAGGGUGUUAGGAUUUUGUAUUUUACUGUGUAAAGAAGUAGUGCCUGUUUGGCCAUGGAUAGUUUUCAAUUUUUGUGGAAUUCGAAAAACUCCAAAAAGAUGUUUUCACAAUUUUCACUUCAAAUCACUCACAAAAUUGAAAACAACUCCAAUUUAUAUUCAUGUUCAAACACAACUCCAACAUCCAAAUACUCCCUGCGUCCAUUUUUACUUGUCAUGUAUCGACUUUGGCGCACCUAUUAAGGAGCAAAAACUAGAAUGAUAAUCUUACUAUAUCACCCUUUGAAUAUAAUAAAUGCAGUGUUUAGGGAAACGCUUUGAUAAGUGAUUAAUAAGGAUAAAUUAGGAACUAUGUGUUAAAUUCUGUCUUGGUUUUCUAAACUAGACAAAAGUAAAAGUGGACUUCUAUUUUUAGUAUAGGGGACAAGUAAGAAUGCACGGAGGGAGUACUAUUUUCAACUUGAAAACAAGUGACUACUCUUUUCCAAAUUUCACAAUUUUUAUGUCCAAACGCCCACUCAGUUUCUUUUGUAACGAGAAAUGUCCAUUUUCCUGUAGAUAAUGCACCCAGCCCUCUAAUCUUCUCCUCUAAAUUACUCCAUUAGGAUUCUUUCUUGGCCUUUGGGGGCUUUCUAGACUUAGUACUAGAGGAUAAUUUUGAUCAAAGAAAUAAGGGGUAAUAUGCUAGAAGGUAUGGGGUUUUGUGACUUAUAACUUCAGUAUGGUUUUUGCUCUCAAGAAGGCGAGGUGCAUGAUUGAGUAUUUUUUGGGGUCAGUGAUGCAUGUAUGAUAAGGUUGUUUUUUCUUUGUUUGAUUUUGGGGGUUGGUGAUUCCAGCAUGGAAUUCAACUUAUUGGUUAUUCUCAAUGCUUUAUGCGAGCCUACAGGGUCUAAUCUUGUGUUAUUCCUAAACGUUCACACCUUUUUUCGCUCUGUUUUUUAGUUUUAAUGUUCUAAUUUCUUGAAAAUCUAUACGGAAAUAAUAUUAGAAAGGAUGCAUGUUUUUCUAUCUUUUUUCGCCAUUUUUUAGUUCUAGUGUUUUAAUUUCUAAAUCACUACGGAAAUUAUAUUAGAAAAGAUGCAUGUCUUUCUAUCUCCUCCCUACCACACAAAGUUAGGGGUAAGGUCUGCAUACAUCCUACCCUCCCCAGACCCCACCUGUGGGGUGGGAUCAUACUGGGUUUGUUGUUGUUGCAUGUUUUCCAUCUUUUUUCUUAUUUUUUGGGAAAACAUUACGGUACCAACUUCAUGAAGGUAAACUGUUAUGUUCCAGCUUCUACACAGAAAAUGACUGAUGAAAAUUUUGAGCAACCUGAGACGGGUAACUUGCAUGGCACAGAAAACCUGGAUAAUAUGAACAGUGUUCAGGACAACGAUAAUGUCAAUGGCAAGGAUAAUAUGGAAGGCGCUGAUCAUGUGCACGAAUCUGAUUACGUGCAGGACACCAAUCAUGUGCACGAAGCUGAUCACGUGCAGGACACUGAUCAUGUGCAUGAGGCAGAUCAUGUACAUGACACUGAUCAUGUCCAUGAUACAGAUGCUGUGCAGAACAUGGAUAAUAUUCAUGAGUCAGAUACUACUCUUGGCGUGAAUACCGCACCUGAGGAGACACAUGCUUCUGAAGAAGUAAAAGUUACUCCAAUUGAUACAGGAGCUGGCGAAGAAAAAAAAUGGCCGGGCUGGCCAGGAGAAAACGUUUUCAGGAUGUUAGUUCCCGCUCAGAAGGUUGGUAGUAUCAUUGGUCGCAGAGGAGAGUAUAUUAAGAAGACCUGUGAGGAGACAAAAGCUCGCAUUAAGGUCCUUGAUGGUCCUCCUGGGACCACUGAAAGAGCUGUGAUGAUAUCUGCGAAAGAAGAUCCAAGCCUAUCAAUUCCGCCUGCUAUGGAUGGUCUUUUGAAGGUUCACAAGCGGAUUGUUGAUGUAGACACUGAUUCAGCUAGAGCUUCACCAGUCACUGGGAGGCCAGUCACGACCAGACUACUUGUGGCAGCCUCACAGGCUGGAAACUUGAUUGGGAAACAGGGUAGCACUAUUAAGACUAUUCAAGACACAUCUCAUUGCACCAUUCGAGUAAUUGGAGAAGAGCACCUUCCACUUUUUGCUCUUCCUGAUGAUAGUGUUGUUGAGAUACAAGGAGAGCCCGCCGGCGUGCAUAAAGCAGUUGAAAUGGUUGCAUCACAUCUCAGGAAAUUUUUAGUUGAUCGUAGUGUAAUUGGAGUAUUUGAGAUGCAAAUGCAAAUGCCAAAUGCUCGACCAAAUCAGAACAUGCCUCCGCCUGGACCUACUCAGUCAUGGGCCCCUCCUCCAUCCGGUUUUCCUGGGAGUGCUGGCGGUGGACCUGGUUAUGGGCACAACACUCAGUAUAUGCCGCCUCCACGACAGUUCGAUGCUUAUUUUCCACCGGUAGACAUGCCACCAUUGGAAAAACAGCCCCGUCAGGGCCCCCCUCCUUAUAGUAGAGAUGCUUCAAUGGGAGCUUAUGGUACAAAUGUGCAAACACAACAAUCUAUGGUUACAAAGGUCACACAAAACAUGCAAAUUCCUUUGUCCUAUGCUGAUGCUGUUAUCGGGACCUCUGGUUCAAAUAUUAGCUAUGUCCGUCGGACCAGUGGUGCGUCUAUUGCAGUUCAGGAAACAAGGGGUGUUCCUGGUGAGAUGACUGUGGAGAUAACUGGAUCUGCAGCACAAGUGCAAACAGCGCAGCAAUUAAUUCAGAAUUCUAUUGCUGAUGCUACCAGCUCAAUGCAGAACACUGCGGCUGGACCACCUUCCCAAGGCUAUAAUCCUUAUUCUCAAGGUCCUGUAUAUACUUCACCAUCAGGUGGCACUGGUCAUCCAUCUGCGGGGGAUUAUGGUUCCAUUUAUGGAUCCAGCUAUGGUUAUUGAUGGAUAUCCUGCUCAAGACAAGUCAUGCUUACAAUCAUGAGAUCUGAAGUCGUCAGCUGUUUAGAAAGUUUUGUUUUUAGUUAGCUGUAUCAUGAUUAGUAGUAGUGGUGGUGGAUGCAUUAGGUAUUUAGGUGGAAUUGCUGGUUGGUUUACCCGUGGUCUUUUACAUUCCAUGUUGAAACAACUCAUAUAUCGUACUGAGUACAGGAUGAUGUUUUACCUCAGUUUCACAGCGGACUCUGAUCAAUUAUAACAAAAAAAACAAUUUCACAUA